AUGACCAACAACUCUUUCGAUCAAAUUAAUACAACUGCUGCACCUGAUAAAAAUGACUCUGUGUAUGUUGACAAGUAUGAUGGGCUGAAACAGUCUCUCAACACAAUGUCUCUAAUCCUUUAUUCGGUGGCCUUUGUCCUCGGUGUGCUUGGGAAUGGAGUGGUUAUCUGGGUGACUGGGUUCAAGAUGAAGAAAACUGUUAACACAGUUUGGUACCUCAACCUUGCUGUGGCUGACUUCCUCUUCACUGCAUUUCUUCCCCUCAGUGUGACUUACGUAGCUUUGGAUUUCCACUGGCCUUUUGGCAAGUUCAUGUGCAAGCUGAACACCACCAUAAGCUCUCUGAACAUGUUUGCCAGUGUCUACAUUCUGGUGGUGAUCAGUGUGGACAGAUGUGUGUCUGUGGUGUGGCCCAUCUGGGCACAGAACCACCGAAAUGUACGCAAAGCAUCCUAUGUGAGUCUGUGUGUUUGGGUGGUGGCUUUGAUUCUCAGUGCUCCAUAUUUCAUCUUCAGGGACACUGAGAAAAUGUCUGAAAACCAAAUCCUCUGUUUCAGCAACUAUGCUCUUUCUGAUAACUAUACAGCACUAUCUGUGAUUCAGUUUCGUCAUCUAGCCAUGACUAUCACUCGUCUCUGCCUGGGAUUUGCAGUUCCCUUCACUGUCAUUGUCUCCUGUUAUGCUGUCCUAAUCCAUCAUCUGAGGAGAAACCGCACCAUGGCCAGCCAAUCAACACGCACGUUUAAAAUUGUCACUGCUGUUAUUGUCACUUUUUUCCUGUGUUGGGCUCCCUUUUACAUAAUUGGUGUAAUUGAACUAGUGAAAUUCACGUCUGCUACUCAGAGCAACACAUUAGACCUUGUCAUAGGUGUCGGGAUGCCUCUGGCCACCAGUCUGGCCUUUCUCAACAGCUGCUUUAAUCCACUGCUGUAUGUGUUCAUGGGCCAUGAUUUUAAGGACAAAGUCCGCAAAUCCAUCCGAAAUGUUUUGGAGACUGUCUUCCAGGAAGAGGAGACACGCACUCGCACUUACACAGGGUCAGUGGUCACCAGUCAAAGCAAAAAUAGCUCAGAUUUGAAUACUGAGGUAUAA